AUGGGAAUAUUGUCAACUAUUUUCUUAAUUUCCACAUAUUUUUUAGCAUACAGAGUGUUAUUUAGUGUAGAAGUUACAAAUAUAUGGCUUAAGAAUGGACAUUUUGAUUUAUGUAGUAGCUACUAUUUAUCUGGUUAUUGCUUAAGCUCACAUAUACCUCCUAAAAUAAAAAUUCAAGUUGAUGGAAACUCAUUAAAGCAAGAUAUUUCAAUACUCAUACGUUGCGAUAUGGUAGCUACUCCUUAUUUAUAUGAUAUGAAACUAGAUAUUCCAAUGAAACUUGAAAGACAACCUUUUACUAUUAGCUCCUACUUACCAUCAUGCAAACACACUUCAUUAUAUUAUAAUAAUUAUUAUUUAUAUAUAUAUAUAGGUAAUAUGGAAGUGGAAUUUACUAGGAGACACUUUUGUCCUUGUGAUUCACAAUAUGUAAUACUUACUAUUUCUUGUGUAUAUGAUUUUACUAAUGGAGUUAUACUCAAACUUAUAGAACCUAGGAAAGUGACAGAAUUUAAAGGAAAUAUAAAUAAAUAUGAUAAUGAGAUAUUAAAAUAUGAAAGUAGAGAAUAUGAAAAUAAUAAAAUAUCUAUCUAUAGUAGUUUACAUAAUUAUGGUAUUAUUUAUAUUCCAUCAUGUAUAAAAGAAAAUGAAAGUUUAAAUUGUGAUUUACAGCUUAUAUUUAAUAUUAAAUUUCCAAAUUAUAUGAAUAUUAAUGAUAUAUAUGAUAAAGAAAAAGUUAAAGAUUUAAAUUUUUGUAUUAAUUUAAUGGAAUAUUACUGGAAAAUAAAUAAAAUACAAAAUAUUAGUUUGGCUGAAAUGAUACCAAUAUGUAUUAAUUUAGAUGAAUUUAUAUAUAGUAUGAUGAAUAUUACUAAUAAGAGGGUGAAUAUAACUUUAGAUCAUCUAUACUUGGAAAAUAUGAUCGGAAAAUUAAUUAAUAAGAAUAAUAAUGAGAUUAUAGAAAAUAAUGGAGAACAUUUGAAAGUAAAAAAAUUAAAUAUGACUGGUAAUAAUGAUAUUUCUUUUAAAAAACUUGGAAUAUUAGAUAAAUUAGAAAACUUAUUUGAUGAGAUAUAUUUAGAGGCUGAAUAUUUGAAUAAAGAUAAUAUGAAAUGUAAAACAAAUUUUUGUAUCCAAUUUUUAAUAAUUUUGCGAAAUAUUUCACCUUCAAGAUAUUUUUUAUUUCCCAAUAUAAUAUUCAGAAAUAAAAGUUAUAAUAAUGAAAUUAAAUAUUUAAUAGAUUUUUCAUAUGAAAUAAAUACUAGAUCAUUGAGUAAAUCUAUCAGAACAUUAUCUUUACCUUCCUUAAUACCCACACAUAUAAAUACAAUACCAGAUGAACCAUUAUCAGAUAAUAAAAAUAUAUAUAUAAAUAUAGGAGAGCCAUUUUAUUUAGUAAUACCAAGGAUUUCUACAAAUCUAUUGGCUAUAAAUUCUUACAGAUUAACCCUUUAUAUUAGUAAUAAGCAAAUUUUAGGAUUAAUGAAAAAUAAAAAUACAACUUUAAAAAUUGAAAGUAUUAGAUAUAUUGGGAAAUAUCCGGACAAAUUCAAAUUAUAUAAUAGAAAUUGCGAUUUAAACUCUUGUUCUGAUUAUAACACAAUAUUAGUAAGCUCAUACAAAAAUAGUUCGGAAAUAUAUGGUGUAAUAGGAAGAUUUAAUGUACCAGUAGAUAUACUAUUAUUAAAUCUCCCAAUUAUUUAUAUGAUAAGAAUUAGCCUCAUGACUCUAUCAUUUAUAUCUAAUUACAAAAAUAUUUCAGCUAUUGUAAAUAAUAAAGUAUUAUUUAGUAAUUGUAACUUUAAUACAUGUUCUGGGCAUGGAGACUGCAAAGUUAUUGAAUAUAAUGGAAGUAUUGACAUAUUUUGUUCAUGUUAUCCAGGAUGGGGUGGUCUUUAUUGCUCAAAUCAAUAUUUAUCAUAUUAUAUUAUAAUUUCUUAUUCAGUUGCUUUAAUUGGAACAAAUAUUGUAGCUAUUCCUACCAUUAUUUUAUGCUUAUAUCAACAGAAAUUUUUAGGUGCUUUUAUUGCUUUUUCUGCAGGAUUAUUAUCUUCUGUAUUUCAUGCUUCAGACAUUGGAUUAAUUAAAGAUGUAAAUUAUAUAUUACUUAAGGGAGAUCUCAUUGCUGCUCAAAUAAUGAUAUGUUAUAUUUUUAUAUUAUUGUGUAAAUUUAAUUCAAAAAUAACUAAUGCAAUUAUUUUAUACAAUAAUGUCUCAAUAUUAUUAUUAAUAAUAUAUUCAACAAGGAUUUUAACUACAAUAAUCCCAAUUACUAUUUCAAUAAGUUUGUACACGAUUUGUAUAAUAUAUUGGACAAUAACUAAAUAUAAAACUGAAAAAAAGUUGACAAAGGAAGUUGUCUUCAAGUCACAAGAUUUUGAAAAAAUAAUAAACACUGAUAAUGAAGUAGCUAAUGAAGAAAUAAUAUGUAGUAAACAUAAAACAAGUUUUAAUUUAAUAUUUAUUAGAAAUUCAGAUAAAAAAACCAAAACUAAAUUUAUAAAUCGGUUUAAAUAUAUUAAAAAUAACAUUAUAACUUUUUAUAAAUCAUUUAUAAUAAUUUUAAAUGAAAAAUAUCAUCGGCCAAUUUUUAUUGGAAUUGGAUUUAUAGUAGCAUUUACUGGUUGUAUAUCAUGGUUAUUAGAAACUGUCGAUACGUAUUGGAUAUGGCACUCUUUAUGGCAUAUAUGUAGUUUUGCAGCAAGUUUCUUGAUUAUAUAUGGUUGUGGAGAUUCAUCUUAA